AUGGUGAUACCACCAAGCGCGACUGACACCUCAGGCAAAAAGGCACCCGGCACCGCGUCAACCAAACUCGUGUACCUGCACGAAGACACCUUGCGAGAGCACGUGACAGAGGUGGUGUCCGUCGAGCCCGUCAGCCAUCUUCCUGAUGCCGACAAGGCUUUGCUGAAAAAUGCUACCGAUGACGACCAUGUCGUCACAACCGCCGAGACCAUCUUUUAUGUGCAAGGCGGAGGCCAGCCCACCGACACUGGUUCUAUGACUGCCGAAGGCCAAAUCGACGAUUCUUUUGCCGUCGUGGCUGUGAGAAAAGCAUCCGAUGGCCGUGUGCUGCAUUUCGGACGCUUCUCUGGCAACCCCUUCACCCCGGGCCACGCGGUGAAGCAGUCCGUCGAUGCCGAGAAGCGCGACCUCCACUCCCGCAUUCAUGAUGCCGGGCAUAUCGUUGGUCUGGCGGUGCGGCAGGUCGAGGCAGAGACGCCCGAAUUGAAGCUGGAUGAGUCGAAGGCGCAGCAUUAUCCUGGAGCUUCUCACGUUGAAUUCAUCGGACCUAUUGACGGUAAAUACAAGGACGCCAUCCAGAAAAAGGUCGACGAAAUGCUGGAGAAAGACCUACCGGUAAAAACGUUUUGGUGGUCCGAGAAAGAAUGCAGGGAGAAGUGCGUCUAUGUCGCGCCUGACAUGACUGCUCCCGACGGGGAACUGCUGCGUGCUGUCGACAUCGUUGGCGCCGGAGCAUACCCUUGUGGCGGCACCCAUGUUGCAUCUACCAAGCUAUGCGGAACCGUCACAGUGCGCAAGAUCAGUAGGAAGAACGGCGUAAGCAGGGUAUCAUAUGAGACAAAGUAA